UGGCAUUUGCCCUGUCCCUGACCUUCACAUAAUGUGGUUACUGCAUUUAUGUGAUGCACAUCAGGAAAUGCAGUCUUGGGCUGAAGCUGCUCAGUGUGCUGUUGCUGUGGCUGGUAUUGUAAUGCAGGCCCUUGUUGCUAGAAAUGAUGGUGUUUGGAGCAAAGAUCACAUAACUGCUCUACUUAAUAUUUGUCCGAUCGUCAGCAUUGAGAUCAGCUAUGAGACAACUGCAGCUGAGGUAGAGGGGUAUGGUGCAUCAAAACUUACCGUUGACUCUGCUGUGAAGUACCUACAACUCGCAAAUAAGUUGUUUUCUGAAGCUGAACUCUGACGGCCGAGUUGUCCCAUUACAUCCCAGCCAUUCUGUCAGAGCAGCGACAUUGUUGUAGAAUUAAUGUUGUAUUAUCGUUUCAUUUCGUCUUUUUGUUUUUUUUCUUUUUUUUCACCCGGGCUAUAUCUGCAAUGUGUCGAUAUCUUUCCGGCCCCCGGGGUGGCCGGGUGCACAUAUUCCAUGGCUGUUCAUAUUUUUGUGAACGUAUGUAUUAGCAGCUUGAAUGUCAACAUUGUUUUGUUUAUAGUUCACCACCCGUUGAAUCAUUUGGACAUCUGAAAAAAAAGUAUAUUUUAAAAGAAAAAUAAAAAAAUUUAGAAUUAUUCUCCUUUUUUUGACAAUUGAUAAUUUGAUAUUUUAUACUCAUCGAAUUUACGGAGAGAAGAAUUUGAGCUUGACAAAAUAACGGAUUCAGAAGAUUUGUAGUAUUUAUAUACAAACCGUAAAAUUAACUAAAAUGUUUACAGUAAAAACAGAAAUUUCCCAAAAAAGAACGUAAAAAGAGCCAAGCUCAAGAGAGUUCCAAGUGUUUUGUUGGU